AUGUCAUACCACGAACCAGACAGCCUCAGCCCCCCUUCAACAUCCCCCGCCGACCAGAGUCAUGAAGACAACCGUUCAACGCUUUCGUUCCUAUUCGAACGUACCUCGUUGAACGAUCCGGACGAUAUCUCUCAUCCUGAAAACUACAAUCCCAACCAGAGGACACCAUACCCCAGGCGUCGUGAGAGCGGCGCCGAGUCGCCGACAUGGGUUGGUGGUGAACCCGAAGAAACUCAUGCAAUGGCUUAUACUGCUGAAGGAGAGCCUUUCAUACAGGUGACUUCUGUGGGCCCGGCUGCGGACCCUCAAUCCAGUCCGGAAGGAGAAACCGUCUAUAUCCAUCUCGAACCCGUUCUCGAGCCAGACGAGGCCGACAACGACCACUCUGUAAACCCAGACCCAAGAAGACCACCCCUCUCGCGCCAAUUCCGGCUCUCGCAGCGCUACAUCCGCACCCUAAACAACAUGGGCUACACCUACUCCAGCGGGCUGGGCACGUCCCCCACACCGGGCAGUGGGGCGGCGUCGAUGAGGUCGAGUGGGUGUGGGAGAGAGGUGGAUUAUGUGAGUACGCCGAAUGGAGCGAGAUUGGAAUGGGGGGAGGAGAGGGAGGGGACGGCGGAGGAGGAAGGGGAGGAGAGGAGUCGGGAAUAA